UGAAUCUCAACCUUCUGGAUGUCGGACAAUCAUCUGGAAGAGGAACAUGUCUACUGUUGCGGAGAAUUUUACCUUCAUGGUUUUCUAGUUUCAUGUAGAUCACCUGGUCAUCAGUGAACAAUUUUGGGAGAUGAAUUGGAUGGAAGUAGAAAACAAAACAUUGUUGAAUGAUUUUAUUCUGAUUGGAUUCUUAGAGGGACGGGUUGUUUGUAUAAUUUUAAUGGCCACCGUUUACACAAUGAUCAUCAUCUGGAAUUUCAUAGUUUUUGGCAUCAUCCAGGUGGACAGCCAUCUCCAGACGCCUAUGUAUUUCUUCCUGAGUUGUCUAUCGUUAUUCGAUGUCUGUUUCUCUACGGUCACCCUCCCGACUAUGCUGGUCAAUGCUGUCACUGGGAACAGGAGGAUAUCCUUUUACAGAUGUUUCACACAGCUCUACUUCUUCGUUGGUUUUGGAGGAUCUGAAAGUCUUCUUUUGGCUGUUAUGGCUUAUGACCGAUAUGUAGCCAUAUGUAACCCCCUCCGUUACCAUGUUGUUAUGAAUAAGAGGUUCUGCUUAGGCUUAGUUGCGGGGUGUUUGGUUUGCAGGUUUUUGAAUUCCGUGUUCAACACCUUAAUGACCAUGAAGCUGACAUUCUGUGAAGAUCAUUGUAUCAACCAUUUCUUCUGUGAUGUCCUUCCAGUGUUGGGAGCAGCUUGUAGUGACAUUCAGAGCAGCCAAGUAUUGUUACGUGUGGACGCUGUAUUUUUAGGGAUGUCUCCUUUUAUCCUUGUGAUGAAUUCCUAUAUACGUAUCAUCUCCACCAUCCUGAAGAUCUGCUCCACGGAAGGAAGAAAAAAGGUCUUCUCCACAUGUUCCUCUCACCUCACAGUUGUCACUAUCUUCUACAUUACUGGCUUUCUUAACUACAAUGGUCCUAGCUUUGAAGAUUCUUUCAUCCUUGCUCGAGUUUUGUCUAUUCUCUAUGGUAUACUGUCCCCAUUGUUAAACCCUGUAAUCUACUGUUUGAGAAACAAAGACGUGAAGAAAGCCUUGGAGAAAGCAAUAACUAGACCAUAA